ACAGGAAACUGGUAUUAAUUCAUCCACUCCGAGUUUCAUAAGACAUGUAAUCCAAAUUAAUUUCUGUGAGUGUCCAACAAAGUUACGUACAAACUUGAGUGCUUAUAUUUGAAAUGUUGGCAUAGAACUUGGAAAAACAGAAAGUUUUAAUAGCUUUCUGCUAUAAGCCAAUUUUUAUGAGCUAUUGUCUUGCGGGGUGUUGUAACAAACAUCCUAGCAAUGAAGAGUGUGUUAUAAUAAGCCAAGGACGAACUUUACAUCAGGCCUAGUCUGAAUACAGCAACGUUUUUCUCAGGGUUAUCUGUGAUCAUAGUGUAGUUGACGUCGGUUGUGUUAACUGUGUUGAUCAUCCUUAUCAGCAAAAAACCUUGUCAAAAAUAUAUUACAGAUCUGUUUACAUUUUAUCUGUUUUAAUUUAACAGACACUGAGAAAAAUUUAUUAACCUAGGACAGCCAUCACCAGCAAAUAACACAAUAAACAUAAAUUUAAUUCUGAGAUGGGUCUUAAUUGGUGUACAAAGUGUGAAAAAAUUUGUUUCUGAGAAAAUGUGAAGACCUGUGUAUUAUUCAUAAACGUAUGAUCAUGCCAAAACCAACAAAAAGGGACAUAAUGUGAUAUUUAUUCAAAAAUGUAGUAAGAAAUCUUGUUUUCACAUUAAUGUGAAACAAUUUAAAUGGAUGUGGUUUUUGUGGCUAAAUAACUAUAUUAUUAACUGUCAAAAAACAGAUUCAAAUACCGAAGUGAAGAAGACUGACCCUACAUAUGAAUCAAGCAACAGUCCAUUUUAUUGGUGGCCAAUUUGUUACGAUGUCCUAUUGUUACACAGUACUGAUCUCCACGAACAACUCAAAUUUUAUUGCCUACACCUGAUGAGAAAUUCAGAUUUUGAAUCUACGGAAAUCUACAAUAAGUAAUGGCUAUUUGAUUAUCGUAAUGACGAGAAAUUUCGAUAUGCGAAUAAUGUAUCUUCUUUUGUUAUUUAUUAUAACAUUUAUGCACUACAAAAUUACAGAUAUAUUUUUAAACAGGCCUAAUUAAAAAGUAGAUUUAAUUUCAAGAAAGUUUUUUUAAACAUAAUACUAGUGCGUCUACUUUGACUCAUCGGAGAUGAUAAGAAUACCAACCACCCGGGCGUCUUUGUUUGUACGACAGUGUUUCUUGUGUACUCAACAGGUGGUCCCGCCUCGCAAAUGGAAGACUGAAGCGCGUAUUUCUUGUAAACAGCUCAGGGAUAUUUUAACGAAUAAGUGUUAAAACACGUCAGAUAUCCACAUUUUCUUUCAACCGAUCUUGCACUUGUUUCAAAAUCAUAAAUCGACUCUGUUAAUUUAUCUGCUUCAUUCAACAAAAAUGUAGUUAUUUUCAGAAGAAAUUUGAAAAAUUACAAUCGCUGUGAAAUUGUGUUUGUGGGGGCAGAGGUGUACACAGUGAAAAUAAACAGCACACGCAAACAGUAAUUCACAUGACGUGAAUUUACAGCAUGAUGGCGAGUUUAAAUUUGAAAAAAUCAUUAGUGUCGUGCUAAAAUACAAGUGAUAUAUAUAUAUAUUAUGCAUCUGUUUCAUACAUUAACAUAUACGUGUUCUAAGGAAAAUGUACGGAGAAGUAACUCUUUUGUUUCCAAAAUAUCCUGCUCACUUCGUUUAAUUUUUGGCUACUGUUCACAAUGUAAUUUAAUUUCUUUAUUUAGACUAACGUUAAAUCAAUAAGAUUGAUAAUUUAAAUUUAAUUAAACUUAAUAACUGCAUUUAUAAGUACAGGAUCCUCGUAAUCCAAAUAAGAACAGAAAUAUGUGCCGAUAACUGCGUAAAAAAAUCUGUUUAUUUUAAUCGCUAGGAUCUGCCCUUUAAGAGGUGUCUUGAAGAGCUUCAGUGAUUGAUUGCGUUUCUGUUUAAUCAAAAGUGUGCGAAUGAAUUGGAGAGUCUGUUGAACACCGUACGGAGAUGUGAUAAACCUUCAGUGUCAGUGUUGAGUGUGAUUUAUGGAUCCCGUCCGGUAAAUUUUGAUUAUCUAAAAAUAAACAAAAAUGCCGAAGACUGAUUCAAGCGCGAGAUGAACCAGCUUAUGUGCACAAAAAUACAUGAAAAAUCUUCAAGGAACGAACAUGAGGCCUAAUGUCUUGAGUAAAGCUAAAAAAUAAUUAAAAAUAACGAAUAUUUUCCAUGUGAGAAAUUCUUGUGUUCUGCUUUGCCUCUUGCAGAAGGCUAUCAAGAUUAUUCCAGUUAAUAGUAAUAAUUAAAAUGUCUGAAACAGCCUCCAUGGCCAUAAACCAGUCACUGUAUUUUAUGGUAUCCACCGUGGAGACCAACUGCUCCGAUUUCUUCGACAGCAAUUGCCGCUCUAGCAAAAAUGACACCGUGGAACACUACGACAUUAUCCACGACCACGCGGUCCAGGCAUUGUUCUGCAUCCUAUACACCACAAUCUUCGUUCUGGGUGUGUUCGGAAACGUGCUGGUGUGUUACGUGGUUGGCCGUAACCGCGCUAUGCAGACAGUGACUAACUUCUUCAUCACGAACUUGGCUCUCUCAGAUAUCCUGCUGUGCACCCUGGCCGUUCCAUUCACACCACUAUACACCUUCCUGGGUCAGUGGAUAUUCGGCAGGGUACUCUGCCGCCUAGUUUCAUGCGCUCAAGGUAUCAGCGUGUACAUAUCGACACUUACACUCACGUCAAUAGCCAUAGAUCGCUUCUUCGUGAUAAUCUACCCAUUUCAACAGCGCAUGCAGCUCAUCACAUGCAUCAUAAUUAUCUUUAGCAUUUGGAUGUUCUCUUUGAUAGUCACUCUUCCGUAUGGAAUAUACAUCAGACAUAGAUUCUUGGACGGUCGGUAUUACUGCGAGGAAUUUUGGCCGUCAGAGGACUUCCGGCAGCUGUACGGUGCCCUAACCACUUCCAUGCAGUUCGUACUUCCUUUCAUAAUCAUAGCUUUCUGCUAUAUUAAAGUUUCCCUAAAAUUAAACGACCGUGCCAGGGCUAAGCCGGGUUCCAAAAACUCCAGAAAGGAAGAACUUGACAGGGAGAGAAAACGCCGUACAAAUCGCAUGCUUAUCGCCAUGGUAACGAUUUUUGGCGUUUCUUGGCUUCCACUGAACCUCGUUAAUCUCCUCAAUGACCUAUACAUUCCAAUCGGUUCGUGGAAAUACUACAACCUGUGCUUCUUCAUGGUGCAUGCCAUAGCGAUGAGUUCCACAUGUUACAACCCCUUUCUUUACGCAUGGCUCAACGAAAACUUCAGGAAGGAAUUCAAGCAGGUUCUGCCUUGCUUCGUACCAUCAGGUAGUCGGUCGUCGGCUUCUGGAGCUAUGGGAAGAACCGGAGGAUGGCGGUCAGAAAGAACAUGCAAUGGAAAUGAAACAAUGCAAGAGACUCUGUUACCCACGUCCGUCAUUCAUAGGGCAGGUUCGGUAAGAAUACAGAUGGCGACUGACGCUCCGACUCCUGGCAAGGACACAGACGAACAUGUAUUGCCGGUACAGAACAAAGUGUCGGAAAGUGAUUGGCGAUGCAAAGUUGACCACGUGGAUGUGGAGACAGUCCUGGUCCCCGCGGCAACAUACUCUACAGGAGACGACUCGGUGCAUCUGCAACUCACGAUUGCAGGCGACAACAGCUCAAUGUCAUCCCCGAAGGCAGCGAAUUCGUUGAAGACGGAGAUUAAGGACACCGCUCAACUGGCCGGCAUUCUGAGGGAGACUCUGUAAUCCUCUGCACAGGAUGGGCGUGGAAGGCAGCGGCUGCAGGAGAUGAAUGCAAACCUUCCCUACCUGCAGACAGCACAGAAAGGUUUCGUGAAAACGGAUUUCUUUCGCCUUGUGAAGUUUGGAAAAAUCUGGAUAAUUAUUUGAGUAAACAAACUACAGACACAUAUACUACGAAAAUAUUUAUGUAUACAAUAUGUAUAUUGAAUCCCAGUCACUCCUCCCAUCCUACCUUGUUACAAAGGCCUAAAAUGGAAAGAAAUUUUGGCCUAUAAAUCGUCAUUUGCUUGUAUAUGUAAGUAAGCAAUAUUGACUAAAUUAACUAUCAAUUAGUAAAUGCUCCUGUUGUCAACUCUUUUAACUUACACACUUGCUUUGGAAUGAUAACUCAGUUAUCUUUAUUGAUGUUACUAAUUGUGUGGUGAAUGUUGUAAGCCCCAGGUUAAAAGGUGUAUGUGAAAAAGUCCCAUGUAAUGAGAACUCAGUAGCUCAGAGAAGUACACGUAGAUUAUAUCAGUUAGGUUUACAUGUGUAAAUCAAGGAGGAGAAACAUUCGAAUAGCAAUUGUCUGCGUUCGUAUGUCUUGCGUAGUGAGUUGUGUUAUUCCACGGUCUAUGUUCAAAAUUUGUGCAUUAGCUGUGUAAUUUUUGCUAUUCGUCAGCUAUUAAGAGGCCUUCGGCCACCACUUUUGCUGUUGAGAUUAUCCGAACUAUAGUAUAUCAAGUAUAUCUUCUGAAUUGAAUUGUUGACGUUGGACUGAGGUAAUACAGAAGACCUGUCUGUUGUCAAUCCUGACAACAAUUGUUCGGAUCCAUAAUUAUUUAACGAUAAGAUCGCAUGGAAAGAAGAAUGGAACUCUACACACCAAAGUAAGGAUAUCUAGGAGCUACGUAGUCGUCAUCAAAAUCUAUCAGUCAGUGAGUAAGGCCCUUUUUUUGGUCCGUUCCGGUUCAUUCUUCUAGAAUUAUCUUUAAAGGUGUACAUACGAAAUGCGUAUAUGGCAACUCGCUGAACUUCGUUGUAAUUAAUCGAUACACUUUAUAGGAUAUACCAAAAGUUCAAGUGAAAUAAUUAAAAUUAUUAUGAUUAAGCCAAAAUUAAUAUUUGCAUUAUUUUCUUUGGAUAUCACCAAUUGCAGGCUAAGAAUGAGAUAUAUAGAAUUUUAACACUAUUUUGACCCUACAUGUAGUUUGUGUGUGACGAUAUCAAAGAAAAGUCUCUUGACACUUCAAGUAAAUAACUGCUACAACGUUAUGUAAUAUUAAUUUAUAAGUCACAAGAAAAUAUAAGAUUUGAAUAAUUUCCGGCAAUAGUCUUUUAGGGCGAUCAGCCGUGAGAUAACAAAGUUCAAAUCCAAUGUUUCGGACGUUAUAUCUGGGUUUAUCACCAUCCCGCCCUGAUAAUGGAGGCAGAGGCAGUCUCCGAAACGUUAAAUUUUAAUUCAAUUUUUACACACUAUUAGCCCGAAAAGAUUUAAUUCUCAUGGAAACACCAUAUAGAACUAUCUUUCAGCUAAAAUAUCUAAACAUAUAAAUACAAUUUAUACGUCGUCAAUAAUUUAAAUUCAGAGACUUUCCUUUUCGAUUUUGAUUAGAUUAUGAGAGUUAAAGUUAAAAACUAUCAGAAAUAUUAGCACCACUGCUGACAACUUACAAGUUAGAGGACACGUGGAAAGUUGUUGAUACGUCUUCCACAUUCCUACGAAACCCAUGAAAGAGGUUCUGAAGUGGAGAAGAUUCACUCACUGAGUUGACACCAUCAAACCUGAAAUUUCGAAACACAUAUUUAUUUUAUUAUAUUUCACAUUAGAGUUCUUAAAUGCCGGAAUUUUAUUCGUCGAGUGAUAUAAAUAAUAACAUAAUUCAUUCUGUGAUAAAUUGUUUCAAGGAGAGUUUACCACAAAUGUUUAUCAAUCGGUAAUUGGUCUGGUUUACUUCUUUGUUAUGAGUCUUAUUUACAUGAAAAUAAACCAUUUUUAUAAAUUACAAAAUAUGGGUUACUUAGAGCAACGCGUAAUUUCGGCUUCGGGGAUAAACGGCAUUGCCAUCUUCAAGGUGAAUGUCUGAGGGGGGUGGAUUAGACAGCUGCUGUGGUGCACUGACAGUGGGAAUUGAGUGGGACGCAAUACAUCAAUCAUUCCAGCAAAUAUUCGACUCGAUAUAUCCCUGAAAGCAAUUUAUCCAUUAUAAAUCCAGCCUUGAAAACCAAGGACAAGAAUUACUCAGAUAAAGUUUCAGCUUAACAGAGAAUUGCUGAAAUCUUCAUGUUUCGG